AUGACCAUCUCAGGUUUUUGCAUUCUUUCACUCAUUCAAGAUCAUUGUUGCUCGACUACUCCGGAACACUGUUCUGCCAGUGAACUUGGAGAACUUGCCAAGAUGUCGUGUCCUACCCAAAUCUCUGGACGCUGCGUCGCUUCAACGGUCGCUGUUCUUGCUGGAGGCGCUCUCAUCGGAUACAUUGUCGGAUACAAGUUGGGACAGCGUACUGCUCGCUGCAACUACAAGAUCCAACUGGACUCGCAGAAAAUCGCCGACACGGUCGAUAUUGAGGAUAUCGGAGAGAAGAAAGCCUUCUGCAGAUGCUGGAAGAGUGAGAAGUGGCCAUACUGCGAUGGAUCUCACGGAAAACACAAUAAGGAGACUGGAGACAACGUCGGUCCACUCAUUGUCAAGUCUGAGAAGAAGUAA